AUGAAAUUAUUGAUUGAAAUGAACCACAUAUUUUUUAUAUAUAAGAUUUUGUAUAUGCUAAAAAAUAAUGAUAUAUUCACUUUAAAUAUAGAAAAUUAUAAAAAGAAAAAAAGAAAAAACUGGUAUAAAAUUUCCAUCUUUACAUAUUUAUUAAUAUUUAUAAUUUCAAUUUCAUUUAUAAAUUUGAUGACUUUAUAUGAGAAUAGAAUAAUUUCAUCCAUACACUUUAAUAAUAAAUAUGCAAGUAUUUUAGAUGAAUACGAAAAUGAUUAUUAUAGUUCCUUGGAACGUAGAUAUUCAAAAAAUAGUAUAAGAAAUAAAAAAGAUGAUGAAUCACGGAACCUCCAUAAUAAUAUGAAUAAAAAUAAUAUGGAUAAUGCCGAUAUGUCAAAGAAUGAUAUGUAUAUUCAUAAUAAGCAUAAUGAUUCAGGAUAUAUAUCAAAGACUGAGUCUAAUGAUUCAUUAAAUUUAAACUAUAAUGAUACUACGAAACCAUUAACAAAAGAACAAUUAUUUCAGAUUAUCAAUUCAUUAAAAGAAAUUCCGUCAGAUGAAGAUCUUGAGAAUAUAUGGAAACAUACAAUAAGUGUAGCAAAGGAAGGUUUAGGACGUAUGAUAAAAAAAUUAUAUUUUUAUCUUGAUGGUUAUAUGGAUGAAUAUGAAGAAAUGCAAAAACAAAAGUGUUUUUGUUUUAGAAAGGAAAUAUCAGAAGAUUUUAUGGACGAAAUUAAUGAAACAUUAUCAUCACAUGAAAAAUCAUAUACUUAUAAAUUUUAUAAACUAAUUAGAAAAAAAAGAACAGUUGAGAAAUUAAAGAAUUUUAUUUUUGCAUUUAUUGAUAAAAUGGAAAAAAUAAUAAAUUAUCUCUAUCAUAAACAUAAAGGUAUAUAUAUAAUGAAGGUUUUAAAACUACAUAAACUUAUAUGA